UUUUGCUUUUCCAUUAUAUUUAAUUGUGCGCAUGUGUGCGUAAUCUAAACUAGUAUUGACGUUGACAAUUUGCAGUUGAUAUUAUAUAGAAAUCUAACGAAAAGGUAGUUGUGGGUGUUUCCUAAGAUAAAAAUUGUACAUUUCAUAUAUUAUUGAGAUAUCAUGGAUGCAUUUGGUGAUAACUUUGUCAAUGAAGAAGUAGAUCCAGUUGCAGAAUUUGUAGCAAGAGAACAGGAUCAAUUGGCAGGAUUAGAGAAUGAAAUUCCAUCAGUUUCUAUGUCUGCUCCUGCGAUAGCACCUAAUACAGAUGUUGGUCCAGGUGGUGAUGCUGAAGGCAGUUUUGAGAUAAUAGAUGCUAUUGGACAACUUCCUGAAACACAAGCAUCUUCAAUGAUAGAAACUGUAUCCAAGCCUCUCCCAGUAAAAGAAGAACCCGAGAAAAUACGAAAAUGGAGAGAAGAACAAAAAGCUAGAUUAGAAGAAAAAGAUGCAGAAGAAGAAAAGAAAAAAGAAGAAUGGAGAGAAGCUGCAAGAAAAGAAUUGGAAGAAUGGUAUAAACAUCAUGCAGAAGCAAUUAGUAAAACAAAAACUACAAACAGGGAAUCAGCCAAGAAUGCAGAAAAACAAUUUGUAGCAGAAGCUGAUGAAGUGGAACCAGGAACUGAAUGGGAACGUAUUGCUAAACUUUGCGAUUUUAAUCCCAAAUCUUCCCGCACUUCAAAAGAUGUUUCCCGAAUGCGUUCAAUUAUUUUGCAGUUGAAACAAACUCCACCAGCUCCAGUCAGUCUUUGAUUAAAUUAACAACUUGGUAUAAAAAAAAAAUAUACAUAUGUGUGUAUAUAUAUAUAUACAUAUAUAUAUAUAUAUAUAUAUACACACACACACACACAUAACUAUCAAAUGAAAAAGUGUAUGCAGGUUACAAUAAUAUCAUUUAAAAAAAAAUAAGAUCAUAAAAGAUCUGUUAAGUGAGAAUGUAAUAUUAUUGUGAAUAAAGAUUAUUAAUAGCAAUUAUACGUAUAAAUAUUAAAUUUAAAAAAUAAAAUAUGUAACAUAAUUAUUAAUGCUGAUAUAAUAGAAAAAUAAUAAUUUUACCCUUACGUAUAUAUAUUUAAAUGUAAGUGGUAAUUCAUAAAAUAAUAUAUAAAAUUUCCAUAAAUUAUUUUAAUUAUAUAUAAAAUUUUAUGAAAAUAUAUUGUUUUUAGUACAGUUAAUAAGUUUUGAAGUAUAUUAAUACUAUUUAACAAGUAACUUAUUGUGCGUAAUAUAUAAAAUUCUUAUAGUUUUAGUUUUAUACAUUGUUCAACAUCUUGAAAUUUUAUAUCAUCUAGAAAUUCAUGAUCAAUUUUCUUCUAAUUGUUCUUGCAUUAUUUGUUCUGAAAAUAAAAACAAAUUAAAUUUUAAUAUGUAUUAAUUAAUAGACUAUUUUUGUAUUUGAGAAAAUAAUCCGAGUUCUUUUUUUUUUUUAAUUUAUAAGUAGAGAAAACAGCAAUGAUUAAAAAUUUAAAAAAAAUUGAUAAUUUUAUGACUUGAAAAUUUAUAAUUGAUAAUAUGUUUAUAAAAAUAUUAAAGUUAUUAAAUAUGUGAAACUCUUUUUUAUUGUUAAAGUCAGUAAAGAACUUGGAUUAGUUUGAUUAUAAAUACUUAAAAUUCCAAAUUUAUUAUUAAAUCUUUUUAUUUUAAUAUAAUAUAAAUGAAUUUUCAUUAUUCUAAUAAGAAUAAUGUAAAGAAUGAAAAAAAUGAUAUAUAUAAUUAAAUUUAAAAAAAAAUUAUGUUAGUAUGAUUCUUAAAUACAAAAUUAAUAAAUAUAUAAUCAGAAUAAAAAAAAAUAAUUUAUAUUAUAUUAUUGUAAAAAAGAUAAUAUUAAUCGUUUCUUAUAAAUACAAAAGAGAUUGAUACCUAUGUAAAUCACGUUUCAUAGCAAGUUGCAUGUCAUGUUGCCAGCGAUAAAUAUUUGGAUAUGUAAUGGGGUUAAGUAAUGUUGAUACUGCAUUAUAAACAGCAUAAUCCAAUUUUGUUGGUACUGGCCUAUAAAAUAAUAAAUAAAGCAUAUUAUGUAUAGUAA